GAAGGAAGGUGCAGAGCUGCGUGGAUCAUCGUCUCUAGCGACAUUGAUCUUCUGAGUGACAACAUGGCAGAUAAUUUGAAUGAUCUCUAUCUGAAGCAAGGGAACUUGCUUUGGAAGUCAGUGUGGAAAUAUCGUUUGAAACCGCUUGCUACACCCACGACCCACUAGCCUCUUUAUGUGAAGUUGAAGUACUUGUACUAGGUGUAGUGCUACUUAGCAGGACACUUAUUUUUGAACAAGAAACGCAAACGCAAACGAUUUCAUCUCUUAGACUUGUUCGAGGUUGCUCACAAAUAUAUCUCCAGUCUACUAGUCCAACUUCACCAUCUCCACACUGCCUAUUGAGUGGCCCAUUGAGUGGCUCAACACCCACUGGAUCGUCUGUCCUGGACAUGACGCAAAUUCCGAGAAUGCAGCAAGCCGCGUCAAUGCCGAUAAGGCAGCAAGCCCUUGCUGCCACACCUGAAGACGUGACUUGUGGUAAUGUCGCCCGCCAGAAACGAUGCCGCUCCAGACACAAUUGUACAUUAAAGGUGGGCGACGAAAAUGGCUACGUUUGGCCUUGGGUUUCUUAACCAAGCUACCCAGAACAAUGGCCACAUUGAUGUAGUGGGGAUGAUCCCUAACUUUUGCGCACUCACGCGCGAAAAUAUACGCGAAAAGCUGAAUGAUCUUGAUGACUUGUUGAAGCAAGGCUACUCCGACUUGGCUCUGAAGAAUGCAUUCGAAGCUGUGGAGAAGGCAGUCGACGAAAAACUGCGAAGAGAACACUACGUAGGACUAGGGAGAACAAGCCGUGAGUGUAUUACUGGGAGAUGACUCUAGUUAAGGGUUACCACAUUGCAUUCUUCACUACCAUCCUUGACUUUUUCUCCAGUAGGAAAAGGGUCAGGGAUGAUCUGAAGAAUGCAAUGUCGCAAGCUCUAAUCUAGACUAAUCUUCAGGAUGAUGAAGAUGAUCCUACAGGAGGAUCAGCUUACACGAGGAUCAGCCUACACCAGGAGGAUAUAGUACAUGCAGGAAGAUAAUGAUCCUAUUCCUACGAACUAAACCCAGAACUAAAGGGUCCACAGUUUAGGGUCCUUUAAUCCCAGAAAAAGAAUGACGAGCGAAAGAAGCACAGAAAAAGAAUGAUGGAAGAAAUUUGAAAAAUGAAAUGGAUGUUAAAAGAACAAGAAACGCGAAGGAAUUUGAAGAAGAGGGAAGCAAGGUUCCCCUGAAAGAAAGACGUGGAUGGAAUUGCAAUUGCAGAAGCAUAAUGAUGAAAGAAGGAGGGAGGAGUAUUUACAGAAAAAUAUAGAUACGAAGGGGCUAGAGCUAGUACAGCCAGAUGCUGAAAACAAGAAAGAAUUCCAGAGCGUUUUAUGCUAAACAAAUUUAAGAUAAAGAAAGACCUCGUUUCCGUUCCCUUUAUGAAGUAGAGAAGACAGAUUUAUAUUUAUUGGGGACUUCAACAUAAUGAAACAAACAAGUAGAAAAACAGG